CGGUAUCAGUGCGUCCGCCCCGUCGCCAUGGCCGGGCUUGUGGUCAGUGGAGCUCAAGUGUCCUACGUAGGCCAGGACUGCAGAGAGAUUCCAGAGCACCUCGGCAGGGACUGUGGACAUUUUGCAAAGAGGCUUGAUCUGAGCUUUAACCUUCUGAGGUCACUGGAAGGACUGAGCGCGUUCCGGAGCCUGGAGGAACUCAUCUUGGACAACAAUCUGCUCGGGGAUGACCUCGUGUUGCCAGGGUUACCCAGGCUCCACACCUUAACCCUCAACAAGAACCAAAUCACUGACUUAGAGUGCCUGCUUGAUCAUCUGGCAGAAGCAACACCAGCUCUGGAGUACCUCAGCCUGCUGGGAAAUGUGGCAUGUCCCAACGAGCUAGUCAGCCUGGAAAAGGAUGAGGAAGAUUACAAGAGAUACAGAUGCUUUGUUCUGCACAAGCUGCCCAACUUGAAGUUUCUGGAUGCUCGUAAAGUAACCAAACAAGAACGAGAGGAAGCUUUGGUCAGAGGGGCGUUCAUGAAGGUGGUGAAGCCCAAGGGCUCCAGUGACAGCGUUGCCGCCUCUCCGAAGAGCCGCUACACACCCCUGCCUUCUGCUUCCAGGGAACUCACCAGUCACCGAGGUGUCCUGGGGAAGUGUCGCUAUGUUUACUAUGGGAAAAACUCAGAGGGCAACAGGUUUAUCCGCGAUGACCAGCUCUGAAGGCAAGUUCUAUAUGCCUUAGCCAGUGACAUGAGAGUAAAAGAAAAAAGGGGAAGCAAAAAUAAAGAAAAAGCUAAACGAAAAGACAAUGACCCACAUCGCUUUUCUGUGGGAAAGCUAUGACUUCAGCUUUUGGUACCUUCUGCUGUCUUUGCCAGUCCUGUCAAGAUCAUCCUUCUGCCUUAGACUGAGUGGUCACAUAGAGAUUGACAUGAUUGCCCUUAAGCAGGUCUCAUCCACCACAGUGACAGACAGCGGUGGUGACGCACCAGGGCUGACAGGAUGAACACCAUGAUAGAUUGCCUGGCCCGUCCACUGCUCACAGGGGAGCAGAGGUCACACCUGGGGCCUCCCUAAGCAUGCUCAGUGGCUUUAGUCAACUGAGAGAGACUGUGUCUUUAGCUUGCUUAUUGAGUAGAGAUCCUCCUAAUACCAUCAUGCUGUGGGUUUAUUUUUAGUGAAAGAGUCACAGUUUAAAGGAAGGCUCUACUCCCUUUUUUCCCUUAAAUCUUAACCUCUCGUAUUCUUCAUGGUCCCCUCCCACCCCACCCCCAUCAGCCUUUAGCAUCUUUAUCACGGGCAAUGCAUUUCAGUUUGCAGUUUUUCAGAGAACAGAAGAGGUAAGUCCUUAGACACGUUGUAUGUUUAUGGUGAGCUUUGUGUUCUUACAAUUCGUGUAUUGGAGUAAAUUGCUUUCCCUAAAUUCCUGACUACAAAAACAUGGACUUUAUCAUAUUUUGUUCACUUAUAAAUCCACUUCUUGCCCUGAAGACUAGGCAGGGUCAGGCAUCUUUCACAACACUGGGUUCUGGUUGUACCAAAGACUCUUAUUUAUUUAUUUUUAACCACACACCCUCCCAGCUAUGUCUAUGGCCAUAUGUGUGUUUGGAGCUGGCUUGCUCCUUUGGGUGCUAUUUAAAGGGAGUGAGGUGAUAAAAGAUAGAGUGAUAAGGUCAGGAAGUUAAAAAGGAAAGUGAAGACUGCAGAAAACACUCACCAGACCAAACAGUUUUUAAUAA